AUGGACCGUCCACCACUCUCUGACACGGAGUGGGAUGCGGAUACAGAAGACUUCCAAGAACCACCGAGGGUCACGUUCGGAAACACGACCCAUAUCUUCUCUUGCGCAUACAGACGAGACGAUUCUGUCGACAGAACACUGGCGGCCCUGACAUCGAAGAACCCGACGGUUUCCGCCGGACUGUUUCGUCGAGCCGGAAACAACUCCUGUGACUACAGUGGUUGGAAGUACAACAUUCUGCUCAAACGGAAUACGGUCGAGUGUUUCGGGUGUCGUCUUAGUAUCAGGAGCAGCAGACA